UUCCUAUAUAAAAAAAAAUUUUUUUUAAAUAUGUUUAUGAAGAGGGGUAACUCUGAUUUGCAAAACACUUUCUUGAACACAUUGAUCAAAAAGUUUAAUAGCCAAGGCAGAUCUUUUUUGAUCAGUAACGCGAGGGUCAAAGAUUUUCCCGUCAUUUUUAUUAGCGAUGCCUUUUCCUCCAUUUUCGGGUAUUCGAGAGGGCAAGUCAUGCGAAAAUCUAGUCUUUGCCAUUUUCUAUUCGGGGAAAUGACGUCGACCUUGGCAAAAUUGGAGAUCGAAAACGCCUUAAUCAAGGGUAUCAACAAGCACGUCGAUGCCUAUUUUUACAAAAAAACAGGCGACAUUGGAUAUUUCAAUCUAUUGGUCGUUCCCAUAAGAAAUACGUCGGGCUUAAUUUACAUAUACGUGCUCAAUUUUAAAGAGGUCGGGUGCCCAAUGUACUCGGAGGAUUCUAAAAAGAUGACCAGGAGCAAGUCUUUCUCCAAGAGCCUCAGAAUUUUCAAGCGCUCAUUGUUGCUGGAUAAAUAUAAAAAUCGUCACGAUAGACUACAUUUGAGCCGCCUCAAACCAAAUAAGUUUUUUGAACAAAGUUCUUACCGAAGUCUUAAGAGAUUACUAUCCAAGCGUAAGUUCAACUCGCCUUCAUCACCGGAAUCAAGACAGGGGAACACGAAUGAGCAUUUCGUUUCAUCUUUAGAUGCGAUUGAUAAUAACGAAAAUUACCUUCUAAAGAAGGAUGUCCGGCGAAUUGAAUCUAACUUAACGUCACCAGCUAAUUGCAAUUCAGAUGAGGCGGAUAAUAACAGUAAUACCGAUUAUAGCUGCCGAGAUCAAGAUCAACAGCGAAACUAUACUUUCGAGGCCUACCUUUACCAACAUUCCUCUCUCUACCACCAACAAACAAAUAACGCCAAAAUUAACCGACCCGUUAGCCAUGGACGCGGCGAACAAUUCUCACCCCGCUUUCGAUACGAUUUCAAUAACAAUAUAAUGACAGAGCCUACAAAUGUUGAUAAUUCCAGGGGCAGGUAUAACCCUUUCGAAAUACGCGCCGAUAUGAACAUUGUUAAACCCACUCUCGAAAAGGUUAAGAUACGUCCUACAAAUUUAAGCCUUGAGAACUCGACCCUGCAAUUAUCAUCUCCGAUUACUUUGACAUCCCCUUCCUUUAGGAUUCAAACCGGUUCAAUGCCAUCUGGGAUAGACGAAAUAGCCCAAUGUGGUAUAAAUAAUAAUGCUACUAACAGAACAUUCGAGCAAUUAGGAAAACAUAGGCGGAGGGCUUUUGGUCAAAACAAUGGAACACGAAACAUGUCACUUCUGGAUAGUAUAAACGACGAAUUGCUGAAGAAUAAAAAAUUGGAAACGUCAAAGGUAGGAUCCACCAAAUUCCUUCAAUUAUCAUCCCACGGUGUAGGAGAAAAAUUUGCCCAAGUGUUAACGUUGGGAGCCGAGAUUUUACCUCAAUACAGAUUUCAGGAAUCGCAUCACAAGCACAGGUACAUAAUAGUACAUUAUUCCCCUUUCAAAGCAUUUUGGGAUUGGAUAGUCUUAUUGCUAGUCAUUUAUACUGCCGUUUUUACUCCUUACGUGGCAGCCUUCUUGCUCAACCACAAUGAAGACGAGGAACUGUUGACUAAAUCAACAACUUCUAGGGGUACCACUACUGUCAACUCGCUUCAAACAACGUCGUCUUUCAAAAUCCGAUCAGAGACUUACAAACCUUCUGAUAAGAAUUCAACAAAAAGCUUUGCCAAGUCUUCCUACUCCUCAUCGGCGUCUCAAGGAUACAAAGAUCCCUUAGUUAUACUUGACCUGGUGGUGGACAUAAUGUUCAUGAUAGAUAUAAUUAUAAAUUUCAGAACCACUUUUGUUAACAAUAAUGACGAGGUUGUUAGUGAUCCGAGAAAGAUAGCCAUUCACUACUUCAGAGGUUGGUUAAUCAUAGAUCUAUUAGCAGCCAUCCCAUUUGAUUUACUACUUUUUGGCUCUCAAACUGACGAAACGACCACAUUAAUCGGAUUGCUCAAAACUGCCAGAUUAUUGAGGCUCGUGAGAGUGGCUCGAAAGCUGGACCGAUAUUCCGAAUAUGGCACAGCUGUUCUUUUAUUGCUCAUGGCUACCUUCGCUCUGAUUGCUCAUUGGUUGGCGUGUAUAUGGUACGCUAUUGGUCACGCGGAAAGACCGUUUUUAUCUGAACCCAAAAUAGGAUGGCUAGAUGAAUUAUCCAGACAAACGCAUCAGUAUUACGUCAACACAACCCAGGGCGGGCCAUCUUUAAAAUCGCGUUAUAUAACCGCGCUUUACUUUACGUUCAGCUCCUUAACCAGCGUAGGUUUCGGGAACGUAUCACCGAACACCAACACCGAAAAAGUGUUUUCCAUAUGCGUCAUGCUGAUUGGAUCAUUAAUGUAUGCGAGCGUUUUCGGUAACGUAUCCGCUAUCAUACAAAGACUCUAUUCUGGCACGGCCAGAUACCACGCCCAAAUGAUGAAAGUUCGAGAAUUCAUAAAGUUUCACAAAAUCCCGGAUCCUUUAAAGCACAGAGUCGAAGAAUAUUUCCAACACGCUUGGUCUUAUACCAAUGGCAUUGAUAUGAAUUCUGUAUUAAAAGGAUUUCCCGAAUGUUUACAAGCCGAUAUAUGUUUACAUUUAAAUCGAAAUCUCUUCAGCAACUGCAAAGCGUUUUCCAAAGCGAGUCCCGGUUGCUUAAGAGCCCUAUCUUUGCGAUUCAAAACUACGCAUGCGCCGCCUGGCGAUAUUCUAGUUCACAAGGGAGACGUGCUCAUGAACUUGUAUUUCAUAGCCAAGGGUUCUAUCGAAAUCCUGAAAGACGAGGAAGUUAUGGCCAUAUUAAGGAAGGACGAUAUUUUCGGCGAAAAUCCUUGCAUUUUUUCUUCCAUCGGAAAAUCUAACUUCAAUGUCCGAGCGUUAACCUAUUGCGAUUUACACAGGAUUCACAGGGAGGAUUUGUUAGAUGUACUGGAAAUGUACCCCGAAUUCGCUCCCCAUUUCAUACAAAAUUUGGAAUUGACUUUCAACUUGAGAGACGAAGACUCAAAUUUCUCCAAUCCAUCCUAUGCCAGAUAUCGGAAAGAUAGGAUGUCACUACCUAAUCCAGCAUACGUUAAUAGUCCAGAAUCUCAGAUACCUCCUUUCCCAGAAAGCACAACUACUUUUGCUUGCAUCCCAUCCCCGUCAGUACUUUUCUCUGGCAGUUCUCCAAAAUUGAUUACCGAAAGGGGCGACUCUGAACCCUUGAUAAAUACCGAUGUCGUCAAAAUUAAAGUUAAAAAUGGUCUGUUUGAUUCCAAAAUUAAAAAAAGAUUGGAUGAAUUCAAACAGCUGUCGCCCUCCAUCAGGCAUGCCAAAUGUUUCUCGCUUUAUGACAUAGAAAAAUUAACGGGCAAAAACGAUAAAACUUUUACUUCUAAAACUUCCCAUCGCAAAGCCAAGCUUAGCCUGAACAAGAUCAUACAACAUUUUCUGCCAAAAUCGGACGAUCAUCGUAUCACGCGUAAUUCCAAUGGCGAUAGAAGAUCAACUAAUGAACCCUUACUAAAUCAUACUUCCGCUCUCCAGUUAAGCGUAGCCUUGGAUCCGCUUAAACUAACCAAUCAAAUCUCUUCCAUUUCGCCCGAUAACGGUGACCCUACCGAAAUGUUUGCCGACUCUACCGCAAAGGAUGGAAUGGAGAAUAAGGGUGAUAAAUUUCUUCUUACAAUGCUCAGACCCUUUCGAUUGCGAAACAGAAGGUUUGGUGGGGAAGUUUUUCAUCGCACAACUAGGAAGUCUUCUUCCGAACAAAGAUUCGGUCAUGAAAACUCACUCAUAAAUGAACUUGAUAAAAGCGGCGGGAGGACGAACAUUAUAGGCCGAACUUUGGUAAAUGAUUUGUCUAGCCAUGACUUCGACAGCAACAGCAGUAUCGAAAUGGAUAAUUCUUCCGCACGAGUUCGCGACAAAACCUACGCCUAUGAAAGGCUCACGCCUCCCAUGUUUUCUCCAGCUAACGCCUCUAAGUUUUUGUUCGAUUCCCCAGAGUCAGUAAUCUUGGAAAAUAAAAAGUUUGAUUACGGCAAACCGAAAUAUAUCUUACAGGAUGAUAACCCGAUUCCGCAAGACCUUAAUACCUUUGAAAGGAACAACGAGGGACUUGAGAGAUCGAGUAAUCAUACGGCUACCCUCUCCCACUCACACACUUACGCAAAAUCUAGGCCCCCGUCCAUCGUAAUAGUAAAAUCGCCUGUCCAGUCCUAUAGUCUAAAUUCGUGUCCCCUCCAAAAAUAUAGGAGUUUAUUAAGCUCGUCGUGCCGAAUUCGUCCCACACCUUCCGUUGGUUUUCUAUCACCUCACGCUCAAACUGAUGUCGAUAAUAAAGACGAGGCGAAUAGACACGGCUCCUUGUCCAAUGUAUUUAACGAUGCCUUUUCUCAUCUCAAACACAGCCUUACGGAUCUGACCAAAACGCUCACUUUCGACAAUUACGAUGUCGCCCAUAAAGUGUUAUAUUUCCUUUUAUCGAUAUUAAAAGGUUUAGGACGCAAAAGCAUGUAUUUCAAAAUGUCACCUUUCAAAUCAAACAAAAAAUAUAAAUUAGAUAGUUGCAAGCUUAUUAAAUCCUAUUCCUUUCCGUUUCUCGGAGCCAAGGGUCGGCCCAAGUACGCGGAGGACCCUGUAGCCCCUCUCGUCAAAGUACGUCACCCCUCCUACUCAAACAGCAUGUACCUUAAUAGGUACACUAUAAACGAUUCGCACUUAUCUUCCACAAAAACUUUGUUCAACGCGAACCAAGAAAUCCUAGAUGAUACGUUGACACCCAAAAUGUCCGAUAAAACAUCUUAUAAACUUGCGGAAGAUUUUAUAGCGAUUGUGGACGAUAAAAUAGACCACCUUUCACGACGAAUCACUGACUUGGAAACGCAUUUAAAUACCGAAAUAUCUCAAAUAAAACAAAUGUUGCAAACCUUGGUAAAAUCCAUCGAUUAUUAACCAAAGCCUCUCGACUUAGUUUAAUUGAAGGUACGGUCCUAUUUUAUAUUCGAUGAAAUAUGAACUCUUGGACUAACGUCCUAAGAAUCAAAUCAAAUAAACUUUGAAUAAUUAUACUCAAGGAAAAUAGAAAUAUAUUAUUUAAAAUUAAAAAUUAUUUUUAAUAAAACUAAAACUGUAUUUCGUAUUAUAUCAUUAUACAAAUAAAUAUAUGAAAAUGCUUCGAUUUAUUUAUAUACAGAUAUUUUUUUUUAAUAUAAAUUUUUGGGAUAAAUG